AAUGCUCAUGUUCCUGUGAUUGUUUUGUGUGUGCACGUGCAUGUGCACAUGUAUUUGUUUGCAUUUAGCCCUUUGUGAGGACCAGAUGCCGUCAUUAUGAUAGGAAAAUGGUCAUUUAGUACAUGAGGGCAAUUGGACAGUCCUCAAAAUAUUUUUUUUUGAAAACUGAAAAAUGCAAAAGUCAAACGAUUGUCUUCUGGCUUAGUGUAGGCCUGGUAUUAGCCAUAGUAUUUCAAGUAGUGUGUUGGUGUGUGUUGUGUGUUUGUAUUUUACCUUUGUGAGAACUAAAUGUUGUCAUUAUAAAGCAGGAAGGACAGUUUUGUAUGUGAGGCCAUUGGGCUGUUCCUGGCCAGACUGCAGGCUGUUUUUCUUUUUUUUAACAUUGUAGGCCUAUAUACAUUUAAGCUUUGAUUCAGUUUUUGGCCAUUGGACUGAGUGGGCACAGGCUACCUGUGUAUCAGCAGCAAGCACUUCUAAAAGAGCCCAUUGACUCACUACAGACAAACCUUUGUCUAUACAAAUCAUAUACGUCAAGUCAAAGUAUUAUUACAUAUGCAUAGUGAAUCCUUAACGAGAUCUCCACUAUUUCCUAGAAGUUCUCCAGGCUCCUUUACGCUGACGUGCAUGUGUGCACACAGCCAUAUACAUAUACACACUUGCAGUGAGACGCAGAGGGCACUAUGUAGCAUAUGCAGUGUGCACAUACCCACUUACAAGCUGGAACAGGGCUAGCUGUGUUACCAGGGCACUCAUGCUUCCCGCACACUUCCUGCACAUAAAUUCCUGCGUGUGUGUGAGAUUAAUUUGAGAGGAAAACCGGCUAGAAAAGAGAGAUUCAUCUAAAUGUUUAUUUGAGUCCAGCCCCAAUUGGAAGGCCCCUCCCCAGGCCCCAAACGAACCACGUCCACCUGGUACACAUGCACACAUAUACUUAUACACACUGCACAGAUCAAGGUGUGUUUGUCUUUCCUAUCCAAAAUUUUUUUUGGAGCAGGUAUUUCCCCCUCCUCCCUGACAAACUAACACACACACACCUUAUGGAGACAGGUCCGAGAGAGGACGUCUCUGAACCUACUGUGUGUGUGUGUGUGUGUGUGUGUGUGUGUGUGUGUGUGUGUGUGUGAGUGAGUGUAUUGAUAACCUGAGGGUCUGUCUCUCUGUGUGAAUCAGUUUGUGUCUGGUAGCCGAGCCUGUCGUUAGGACUCCCGCUGCAUUCAGGAUGGCGUCGCUGGCGUUUGUGAUGCUGCUCUGCAUUGUGGGAACACAAGCCACUGUAGACUUCAGAAAUGCUGCUGCUAUGGUUGCAGGGCUGUGCAACACCAAGCCCAUUGACCUGGUGUUCAUCAUCGACAGCUCUCGGAGUGUGCGGCCCUCUGAGUUCGAACAGGUCAAGGUCUUCCUCUCCAAAGUCAUAGAGGGUCUGGAUGUGGGGCCUGAUGCCACACGUGUGGGUGUGGUGAACUAUGCCAGCCGGGUGAAGAACGAGGUGUCCCUGAAGUCCCACAAGACAAAGGCUGGCCUGAUCAAGGCCGUGGCAAAGAUUGAGCCGCUGUCUUCUGGCACCAUGACCGGCCUGGCCAUUCAGUUUGCUUUGAACGUGGCCUUCAGCGAGGGAGAGGGGGCACGCACCAAAUCCCCAGAUAUCAGCAAGGUGGCUAUCAUUGUUACGGAUGGCCGGCCGCAAGAUAACGUUCGUGACAUUGCGGCAAGAGCACGGGAGUCAGGCAUUGAGAUUUUUGCUAUUGGUGUGGGCCGGGUGGACAUGAACACGCUGAAGCAGAUGGCCAGCGAGCCUCUGGAGGAGCACACGGACUACGUGGAGAGCUACAGUCUAAUCGAGAAGCUCACCAAAAAGUUCCAGGAGGCAUUCUGUGUGUCCGAUCUGUGCGCGACAGGUGAUCAUGACUGUGAGCAAAUUUGCAUCAGCGUGCCUGGAUCUUUCAAGUGUGCCUGCAGGGAGGGCCACACACUCAAGGCAGAUGGCCGUACCUGCAGUGCCUGCAGUGAUGCCACCACAGAUGUAGUCUUCCUGAUAGAUGGCUCGAAGAGUGUGAGGCCUGAGAACUUUGAGUUGGUGAAGAAGUUUAUCAAUCAGAUCAUAGACAAGCUGGAUGUGUCAGAGAGGGGAACACAUGUGGGCCUGGUGCAGUACUCCAGUGCCGUAAAGCAGGAGUUCCCUCUCGGACGCUACACCACCAAGAAAGACCUGAAGGAAGCAGUGAAGAAAAUGGACUACAUGGAGCGUGGAACAAUGACUGGCCAGGCACUCCGGUUCCUGCUGGACAACAGCUUCACACCUGGUCAGGGAGCCAGGCCAGGGGUGGCUAAGGUGGGCAUAGUCUUCACCGAUGGUCGAUCACAGGACUACAUUGGAGAUGCAGCAAGAAAGGCCAAGGAAAAUGGCUUCAAUAUGUAUGCUGUGGGAGUAGGAAACGCUGUUGAGGAUGAGUUGAAGGAGAUCGCAUCUGAACCAGCUGCUGAUCAUUACUUCUACACUGCCGACUUCAAAACCAUGAACCAGAUCGCCAAGAAGCUGCAAAUCAAUACUUGUCCAGUGGAGGACCCCUGUCAAUGUGAUUCUAUUACUAAGUUCCAGAAGAAAGUGGAGGAGGCACUACAGGCAUUAACAAAGAAAUUGGAAGGCGUAACAAAGAGGAUCGCUGCUCUGGAGAACAAGAUUGUUUAAGGGAGCGUCACCUUUUCUCACCACAACCCCACCCCUCGCACCUUUUGUAAAAUACCCCUCAGUCACUUCCUGUGUCUUCUGACCUUUUUGCUUUUUUUCCCCUUUUGCUUUCAUCACUAAAUUCCACAGGGAUGAAGCACUGAUCUGAUCAUAACUCUUACAUACCUGAUUUCACCAUUACAGGAAAGGGAAGAGAUAUAUGUGAGCAUUAAAUAGCCUUUCCUUUGAAACCCUAUGUGCAUUAAAUGAAACAUAAGAACAAUUAGGAAUCCUUGCAGGAAGCGUAUUGUAAGUCUUUAAAAAUUCUGAAUGAAAGUGCAUAUAUGUUAAGGGUGUGCUCUACCAGUUUGUACCCUCUGUGGUGAGUUGGAAAUAACAGCCAGUGGAGAUUUCCCUUUCGCCCCAUCUUCUCUUAUUCCAUCUGUCUGUAAACUUCCUUCACCUUAACUUGUGCCCAAACAAAAAGCUAUCUUUUAUUUUAUAUGAGGAAUAUAUAUAUAUGGUUAAUUUAAUACAAGAUUGGACUUGAAAUACAUUUUCUGAAAUAAAAUAUUCCAUUAGGUAUUAAACACACACACACAUUCACACAUGCAUGCACACAUACAUGCGUGCGCACACAGACACACAUGCACGCACGCACACACACACACACACACAGACAUAGACAUGGAUCCACAAACACAAACACUAAACAAGCAUUUAAAGACCAACCUGCUUGUUAUAAUUCAAUAAAAAUCUGUCUUGUGUCUGUA